GCUUCUCAGCUUUUAUCUAUAUGAGAUGGACCUCCAGUUUCCAGUUUGAAAAAACCCAGCACGCCCCAUUUGCAUCGGUGUGCGAGAAGCGAUGAGUUCCCAAAACGGCGGCAGCCACAGCUUCGCUCAGAGCUGCCGUGCGCUGUGAGCUUCAGGAUGUCCCUCACGCUAGCGUGGAUCGUGGUUCUUCUCACCUGUCUCUCCUGCUUAGGAGUGAUGCCCAAGACUCUUGAGAUUAAGUAUUGUGUCAGCUUCUGGGGGAAAAACAUCACGUGCUACUGGGAUCUUCUGCCAGAGAUGGAUUCUCCAAUCACCUACACCCUCCAGGUCACGGAGGAAGCUGGACGCUGCCAAAGAGACUUUGGCCUCCUCAAGAAUUGCGUGGCUGAUCCAGGAGAACAUUGGUGUGGUGUUCCGGUAGAGAACCUCUUUGCUUUCUACAAGAUCAAAUUAACUGCACAGAACCAGCAGCUGCGGGCUGACUCCUCGGAGAAGUGCCUCCGUGGAAUGAGCAUCGUGAAACUGAGUCCACCAGUAUUGAAUGUGGUUGCACCCCAAAGCCGCUGCCUCCAGCUGCAAUGGAACCUGCCUGGGGAUGAGCUGAUAUCAGCAACGGAGGCCCAGUACGAGAUCCGGCAUUGUGACCUGGUAGAGUCGUCUUGCCUGCAGGUGAAUUUUACAGCACUGGAGAAUGCACCACUUUCCGCAAACAUCUGUGGCCUGUUCCCCUUCACCAACUACUCUAUGCAAGUACGGGCAAAAUAUCUGCAGAGUUCUGCUUUCCAAAGUGAUGGUGAUCCCUUUUGGAGCGACUGGAGUUUGGAGACAUUUGCAAGGACCCUUCCGGCAGUUCCUUCCAGAGGGCCAGCGUUUUGGAGAAAACUAGGAAGCCCCACUGCUGACAAAGAGAGAGCAGUUGUCCUGAUGUGGAAGCCCUUGAAGCCCAAGGAUGCCAACGGCGAGAUUUUGGGAUACAGCCUCCGCUCUCAGAGGAAAGGGGAGCUCACGGUGCCCGCGUGCAUCACCUCUCACCACCUGAAGUGUCGUCUGCUCCUCCCGGCUGGCGAAGAAUUCACCUUUUAUCUCACCGCCAGAAACACGGUUGGCAUCUCACCUCCAACCAGGCUGGUGAUUCCAGCCUUCCGUAACCCAGAAGUCCCACCUUCCCCUCUGUCCAUCCUGGUGUCUUCGGCAGGGGACCACUCCCUCCUCUUACAGUGGUCUCUUCCCAGCAACCCCAAGAUGGACUUUGUUCUGGAGUGGAACAAACUGCCUGAGAAGGAAGUGGGAGACCCACACUGGCAAUAUCAGUCGGAACACGUCAACCGUACGGUCAUUAGGGAAGCCAUCGAGCCUGGGCAUCUUUAUGCCGUGAAGAUCUUUGGACUCUUAGAUGGACGUCUCGGGGCCUUUGGUUCGGCUCAGGGUUACUCCAAGCAAAUCGCUCCACUUCGGGCCCCGGCUUUGUAUCCCACUCAAGUCUGGAAAUCUUGGGUGGAGCUGCAGUGGGAGAGGCUCCCUUUGGAAGAAAGGGGUGGCGAGAUCCAGAACUACACCCUUUACUACAAGGAAGAGAAGAAGGAUGACUAUCGGGCCGUGGUGCUCGACAGCUUGGUGCAUCGCUACGUCAUCAACGGCUUGGCACCCGGCUCAACCGUGAGGGUGUACAUGGUGACGGCCAAUGAAGGUGGAAACACCAGAGGAUCCGUGCUGUCCAUCCGUACCAAGAACUACGACUACGGGGAAGUUGAAAUCCUGAUCUCAGUUUUUUGCAUAGGGUUCAUCAUUCUCCUUGCAGGAACUCUGGUCUGCGUUUCCAGACAUCGAUCGUCUGUCAAUAAACUUCGGAAGUAUCUAUGGCCACAGAUUCCAGAUCCAAGAAAAAGCAAUUUGGCUACUUGGAUACCACAGAACAUGUGCCUGGACUUCACUUCUCAUGGCAAUGAGAAAUGGAGCCAGGCUUACCUUGGAGUGACCAUCAGUGACCUCAUCCAGGUGUUUCCUUCUCAACCCGAGGAUGCAGAUCCGGAACUCUUCCUGGGAAAGCCGCCAUGGCCGGUGGAGUCUCCCAAGGCUUUGCAGAAGGUCGUCCCCGUGACCAAAAACGGGACAGCAUCAUCCCAGGAACCCGAAGACCAGCAGGUCCAGAAACCUCUGGCCACUUGCAACGAGGUGGAAUACUCCCGGGUGUUGGUGAUCAAAAGCAGCCAAGGACCAGGCGAAACCUGGGGCGCUCCUCCUUGUAUCUGGUCCAGUUGCUGGGAUCUGGCCAAAACACGCCCCGAAUCGCCCUUUAAGCAACAAUUCUGGGUUCAGAAUUUGACCUAUGAGACUUUAUUAGAUGCCGCGUCCUAUAAAAGGGCAACCAUUGGAUCCGUGGGUGAAUUUCCACUCUUGGUUAGUCUGGUGACCAGGGAUGGAGGAGAGCUACACUCUGUGGAGAAGUCACACCCCUAAACCAGGGGUGGGUUCUAACAGGUGUUGUUACCACCCGGUUCGCUUCGCGGACGCGCCUUGAUUUAGCUAAACAGCUGAGGCAGGGCAAUCCGCUCUGCCGGGCCUUUCAGCUGGGUGAAAAACGAAGGAAUAAAGGUAGGAAUA